AUGUCAUCUCCCGUGCCAAAUAGUCAGGAAGCAAGACUAGUCAGCACACCUUCAUUUUUCUUGGGAAUUGUGAAACAAGUCCUGUCAGGGGAUACAAUUUUAAUACGCGACAGACCCAUAGAUGGUCCUCCUCCAGAACGAACCAUCGUAUUAUCCAAUAUUUCAUGUGGUCGUGUUGCCCGUAAACCUACGACAGGAAUUCCUACUGGGACACCAGAAGACCCAUUUGCCUGGGAGGCCAGAGAGUUCGUCCGUACUCUUUUAGUUGGCAAAGAAGUAUGCUAUUCUGUUGAAUCAGAACAGCCAUCCGGUCGAAAGUAUGGAAGUGUAUAUAUUGGAAAAAAUACUAAUGGCGAAAAUGUCGCCUUGUCCUUAGUGGAACAGGGUUUAGCUGAAGUGAGAAAGUUAAGUCCGGCAGUAGCUGCCAAAAGUAAAGUUUAUCAGCAGCUUGUAGCUGCUCAAGAACAAGCCAAAUUACUUGGAAAAGGUCGUUGGUCUUCCGACUCCUUUGUCACGAGAGAAAUUAUUUGGUCAGUAGAGAAUGCUCGUGGCUUCUUUGAGCAAUACAAAAACCAGCCACUCAAAGCUGUUGUCGAGAAUGUUCGAGAUGGUUGUUCUGUACAAGUUUUCAUUCUGCCUGAAUCCCUCAGCGAGAAGCCAAAUACAUUCGUAUACCUUACUGUUACAAUGUCGGGAAUCAAAUCACCAUCGAUACGUUACGAGGACGGGAAAAUUGUUUCCGAUUCCUGGGGUCUCGAUGCUCUGUUCUUCACCGAAUCAAGACUGCUUCAGAGAGAUGUGACUGUGCUGUUGGAAUCCGUAUUCAAUCAAAACUUCAUCGGAAGUAUCCUUCAUCCUAAUGGAAAUAUAGCCGAGUUGCUACUUCGUAAUGGCUUGGCUCACUGUAUUGAUUGGAAUCUUAAUUUGGUAAGCGUUCCAGGUGCUGCUGAAGCCUACAAAGCAGCUGAAAGAUUUGCAAAAGAAAAGCGACUGCGCCUGUUUGAAAAUUAUCAGCCUACAGAAACAAAGGAAGUACAUGCAGGAAGUCAUUCAACAAUUGUCCCAGGGAAAAUUUUCAGUGGAAUUAUAUAUGAAGUUGGAAAUGGUGAUAAUAUCUCUGUCAAGUGUUCUGAUGGUAUUCAUAAAUUCUUUCUAUCUAGCAUAAGAGCUCCUCGACCACAAAACACUGGUAAGGAGGAGGAUUCAACUGCCCAACGUGGUCGUAUUCGUCCACUUUAUGACAUACCCUAUGUGUUUGAAGCUAGGGAGGUACUACGUCAGUUUGUUGGUAAACAGGUAACUGUUCAAGUCGACUACAUUCAACCGAAAACAGCUAAUACUGUUGAUGAGCGUGUGUGUGCCACUGUGCGAGCUGAUGAUGUCAACCUUGCAUUGGCCUUAGUUUCAAGGGGUCUAGCCUCCGUAAUUCGUUAUCGAAACACCAAUGAUUCUCGUACUGUAUUUUACAGUGAACUUCUUGCUGCAGAGGAAAAUGCCCAGGCUAAAGGACUCGGAAUGUAUAGCAAACAAGAUCCCCCGAUUCAUCGUGUUGCAGAUCUCACAGGUAAUACAUCAGAGAAGCUAUCACUUUUCGUGAUGUGCACACUUAGUCGGAAAAAACUACAUCAUCAACUCGAAAAUGUCAAAGCAUUUCAAAAUCCGAAACUUGAAUUGGAACAAUACUGUACCUCAGCACAUGUUGCAGCGGACAUCCUAUUUAAUAUUCAAAUGGCCGAUAAUGCGUUACAAGACAUGUCAGUAGCCGAUCUUGGAUGUGGUACUGGAAUAUUGUCUAUUGGUGCUAAACUCCUUGGGGCUAGUUGUGUACUUGGGUUCGAAAUUGAUGAGGAUGCUGUAAAUGAGUUUCAAUCAAACUUAGAAGCAUGUGGAAUGUCAGAUGAAAAUAUUAAUGUCACUUUAUGUGAUGUAGUACGCCUCUUUCGUGAAAGCAAUAAGAAAGUUGUAGAUACAGUUAUCCUAAAUCCUCCUUUUGGCACCAACCCGAAAAACAAUGGUAUCGAUAUGGCGUUCUUACGUGUCGCAUUGUCCAUUGCGCAUUCACACGUUUAUUCGCUUCAUAAAACUAGUACACGAAAACAUGUUCUACGUACUAUACAAAGUACUGGUGCACAGAGUAAAGUAGUUGCUGAACUUCGUUAUGAUUUGCCACGUUCAUAUAAACGUCAUCGUUAUGAUACUGUAGAUAUAGCUGUCGACUUGGUUCAUUCAUGGUUUUAA